AUGGCCUUCUCGUCGCCGCCGAGUCCCGGCCUCGCCAGCCAGGCUCAGGCGCUCUGGGCGAUGCUGGACGACCUCGCUGAAUCCGACCCCGAAAGAUAUCAACGCUUCAUUCAGCAGCAACUGCAUGCAGCCAGAGGCAAUCAACCCUCGUCCUCUUCUUCCGCUUCUUCCUCUUCUUCCUCAUCUUCCUCUUCCUCCUCUUCCUCCUCUUCUUCCUCUUCUUCCGCUUCUUCCUCUUCUUCUGGUGAAUCCCUUAGGGUGGAGAGAGAAGAAGGGUGCGAGAAUGCCGUGGCCGAGUCGGCUUCUUCGACUUCGUCGGGCGCGGCUCGUUCAGUGCCGCCCUUCCGCCCGCGCCCGGGGUUUGUGAUUCGCACGCAGCUGAACAUUCUCCCGGCGAAACGCGGAGAAAGCGACGGCGCGCUCGCCUCGCUCCCUGCGAACCCCCCGCAGUUGAUUGUCGAGCUUCGAGAAGGCUCUCAGGCGGCCAGCAAGGCGAUCUCGCGCGAAACUGCCAAAGAGACGCGGGAAAUCUCAGAGUCGCUCGAGUACUUUGUGAACGUCUGUUCCUCGCCGCUGGUCAAGGCGCCGACGCGCAAACACCCCCCCGGAGGUGUAUGUACGCUGCCGGAGCAGCUGGACGACGCGUUUGUGCCGAUCAGUGUCGGUGUGCGCCGCUUUUUGCAGAAAAAGGAGAAACCGAACUCAUCUGUGGAACAAAGUGCGGAUUCUAUGGGACUGGAGAAGAAACAGGCCAAGCCGCGUGCUGUGCCGCUGUUCCUCGACGAAGAAGAGGCUCGCCUCGCCAGCGGCGCGAGGGAGGAAGAGACACCUGAGACCGUGCAGGUGAAGAGCGCUCGAGUUUGCGUCGACGUCUGUGUGCACCCUCUCGUGGUGAAGAGAUGCCAAACGGACCUCCGCUUCAAGUUCUACUUCGCCUCGGUCUGUCUGAAUCGGCUGCUGCCUCUCGAGCAGCUUUUGCUUCUCCAGAGGAAAUACGCGAACGGCCGGCAAGACCCUGUCGAUGCGUUCUCUGUCUCCGCCUCUGCCGCUUCUCCCUUCUCUCCGGCGUCAGCCUCGUGGGCGGAGAGAGGGCGAGAAGCGCCUGACGCUGGACGGUCUUCUCUCUCCUCGCUGCUUCAAAUCGUUGAAAGCGACUCUCUCGCAGAAGUGCAGCCUGCGGAAGACGCCGCAGGUUUCUUCGGAAAGAGAGAGACUGAAAUCCUCGAGAACAUCGCGGCACACGCCGCCGUCACGGGCGCGGAUCCUGGGCAGUUAGCUCGCCGCGCAGGGGAAAUUGCCGUCGCGCCGCACUCGAUACGCUUUCCGAAACUCCUCUACAAGGGCGGAAAGGAAGCGUGUCUCCAUUCUCUCCAGUCCGAGUGCGUCGGAGACACUCCAAGAGACAGCCGCGAGAACGCGCCGAAAGAGGCCCAGGCCAAGGCGGCAAGCGCGCAGAGUGGUCUUCGUGGCGAAGAGCAGACAAGAGAGAAGAAGACAGGAGAGGAGCCGAGUGCAAGAGAUGAAGAGAGCGAAGGCGGAGAGGGACGCGUGAGGGUCGGGGUCAUCAUCCCCUCGGCCGCGGAGGUAGAGCGUUUCCGAGAGGAAAUGAAGAGGCUGGAGGAGAAACGGAGGCGAGAAGAGCAGGGAGGCGAGCCGGAAAGCGACCUGAUUGCGGCGGCUCUGCUGGCGAGGGAGGAAGCGACGAAGAAGGCGGCGAAUCGAGGCUCGAACAGCGGCUCCAGACAGCACGGCCGCCAGGCAGGCGCGCCGCAGCCCCCGUUGAUUCAAGUGAUCGCAGAGGAGGCAUUUCCAGCUGAGAAAGAAGAGAGACAGGGAGGCGAAAACGCGAAACACCAAACAGAGACACAGGAGAAAACAGAGGACGGACAAAAAGGCGACGGGAAGACAGGGGAGGAGGAAACGAAACAAGAGGUGGAUGUCUUCUUCAUGCAACAGGUCACCACGCGUCGCCUUCGUCCUCCAGAGCCACCUCAGUCUUCUUCAGUCCCUCCUUCUCAACCUUGUUCCUCGUCAGUAUCGUCUUCUUCAUCUUCGUCGCCUGGUUCAUCAUCCUCUUCAUCUUCUUCUUCAUCUGCCUCUUCUCUUUCCAUUGUCGAGGCGGAGGAUGGCGUUGCUGCGACCGUUGCGGCGCCUCCGUUGUGGCGCGUGGUGCAUCGCAAGCCUCGACCUCGAGGAGACGAGGAAAGCGAGGCUGGGACGGCACAGAACAGUGAAGGCAGGGAGAUUUGCAUUUUCUUUUCUCUUCCCGUGGAUCCUGCAAGUCUCGAAGUCACUGGAAGCGAGAGAGAAAUCGAAGUGACAGGACGCCUCCUCCCAGCUGCUCCAGAUGCGAUGCACGCCGAGGGAGCGGCAGGCCGUGCUGAGCCUUUCUGCAUUCGCAUUCCACUGCCUUACGCAGUCGAUCCUGAGAAGGUCGAUGCGCGCCUGAAGAAGAAGAAAAACCUCCUCACGCUGCUUUGUCGGCCGAUGGAGGCAUAG